AUGGCACCAAAUUCCUCUGCUCUAGAUGCCUCUUCCUAUCGACACCCGGACCGGAACGGGCCAUAUGAGCCACUUCGGAAAGCAACUAUUCUCGCGAUGCUGGAACAGGGGAUAGAAUAUAACACCCUGAGCGAAAAUCUCCUCUCCUGGGCUGAUGACCAGGACCCAUUCGGACAUGUCAUGGCCCAAGCUUAUGUGCAUUACGCCGGCAAUUGCUUCGUUCGCUUGCUUGAGUCUUUCCAAGAUCGCCUGAAAGAUAACUUUUCUGACCUCAUGUCGGGUGAUGGAAUCGGUCCAAUGACGAACCAGUAUACGCUAAAGAUCAAAAGGGUCGUCAAGUACCCUGACCUGAUUAUUGCCGGUGCCCACAUUUCAGAUGUACGCUCGGACAGGAUUCAUGUUGUUUAUUCCAUCUGGUCGGUAACCCAGAACGCGCAGGCUGCUGAGGUACAUACCUGGGUCGUGUUCUUCGAUCAUAAGCAAAAGCGAACCGUCAACCUCACAGAGGAAGGUGGUGUGUAUCAGUCUCUGCAUGCUUCGUUAACAGAGCGUGCAGCGGAGUCGAACGACACCCUCAAGGCAUGGGAGGAAAAGCAGGCGCAAAAUGCUGAUGCUAAGAAGGCAAAGCUUUGA